AUGGAACUCAAGAAGCUGGAAAGACCUAGCUCCUUUCAGCCGGUCAAGUUGGCUGCCGCUGAUGACUCAGACUUUAAACCGGGGACAGUGGCGACUACGAUGGGGUGGGGAACUAACGCAGAGAUAAACGGAACUGCUGUCUACGAGCUACAGAGAGUGGACGUCCCGCUAGUGAGUGACGAAGCGUGUGCAGCAUUCGCCACUGUCGACUCGAGUAUGGUUGUGCUGGAGGCGUUGCGAAUCGUGACUCGUGUGGGGGUGACUUUGGUGUCGAGUCAGCUGCAGGUGAGGACGUGCUGGUCGGUGUAG